AUGAGCGCCCCUCACGACAUCCAGACUCUCCUUGAUAAGUUGACGCUAGAAGAGAAAGUCUCUCUGCUAGCAGCUGUCGACUGGUGGCGGACACCGGUCAUUCGCCGGGAUGAUGUUUUCGUCCCUCAUAUCAAGACCACAGACGGUCCGAACGGCGCCCGCGGCGAGAGCUACGUGAGCGGGAUCAAGGCAGCUUGUUUUCCAUGCGGCUCGAGUCUGGGAGCAUCCUUCAAUCGUGACCUUCUGUUCCGCAUCGGACAGGAGAUUGCGAAGGAGGCAAAGACAAAAGCAGCGAGCGUGUUGCUUGCUCCUACGCUGAAUGUUAUCCGAUCUCCACGAGGGUGCCAGUCGGAGAAUAUCGCUGCCACUCCAAAACAUUUCGUCGCAAAUGAGACCGAAAACAGCCGGACGGUCUUGUCUGCAGAGGUGGAUGAGCAGACUCUUAGGGAGAUCUACAUGCUCCCUUUCCAACUGCUUAUGAAGUGGUCGAAGCCAUGGUCUCUCAUGACAAGUUAUAAUCGAGUAAACGGGACAUAUGUCGCUGAUUCCUCACAACUAGUCAACGGCGUUGUUCGAGGCGAAUGGGGCUUUGACGGCGUCGUAGUCUCGGACUGGAUGGGCGUAUACUCCACCUCCGAGAGCAUCAACGCGGGAGUCGAUAUCGAGAUGCCGGGUCCUACUAAGUGGCGUGGCGAUAAGCUUCUGAAGGCCAUCGAGAAGGGUGAAGUAUCAAAGGAUACAGUCAAUGCUUCUGCGACUAGGGUCCUCGAACUUGCAAAGCGACUCGGUCGCUUCGAGAACCCGGAUGAACCGCCUGAGGUGGCGCUGCAGAAUCCCGAGCGAGACCAGUUCAUCCGGACUGCGGGAGCGGAGGGUAUGGUCCUACUCAAGAAUGAGGGCAACGUCCUUCCACUGCAAAAGGGGGCGACCGUUGCGGUGAUCGGAUAUCAUGGCAUGAAUGCUGCUCUGGGUGGAGGUGGAAGUGCGCGAGUUGAUUCACUGCGUGCCGUCAGUCCGGUUCAGGGCUUGAAAGAGGCAGGGUUUAAUGUCGUCGAAAGCCCAGGAGUCCCAGUCUUUGGCGCUUUGCCUCAUGCAGACGCAUCGGUCCUCUACCUGGCAGACAAUAAGACCCAAGCCCAGGAGCCAGUAACCUUAGAAUGGUAUAAUGGCCACACAAUUGGGCAGGACCUUGUACAUACCGAAACAAAAGCCGUGCCGGAGUACAUGAUCAAGGAGAAAUGGCCCUCUUACCUCAGCGCUGAGUACUGUACCAGGAUGACGUUCGGUAUACGCCCUACCACAACGGGACAGCAUAUUCUCUCAGUCAUUUCGACCGGGCCCGCAAUCUGCUACAUCAACGGCGAGAAGGUCUUCGCGAGGUCCCAAGAGACAGACCUCAAGCCGGAGUCCUUCUAUUUCUUCAAGUCGCAGCUCGAGCGCCGCUUCACAUUUCCCAUGGAAGCAGGCCAGUUCUACACACUCAAUCUUGAAUCCUGGAAUACAGAUCCGGACAUCCUCAACAGCCCUCGUCUCAACGGCCGCAUGUUCCAGGGCUCGACGUUACGGUUCCAUCAGGAAAUCAACCUGCCCGCUCGCAUUGAGGCAGCCCAGCUUGCUGCAAAGGAAGCCUCUCACGCUGUUGUCUGCAUCGGCACCACACCCGAGAUUGAAUCCGAGGGCUUCGACCGCACAGACUUCGCCCUCGCCCAGUCCCAGUACGACCAGAUCCUUGCGGUGGCGUCCGCAAACCUUAACACAAUUGUUGUCAAUUUCAGCGGUAGCCCCGUUGACCUAACACCCAUCAUCGACAAAGUCCCAGCUCUAGUCCAAGGGUGGUUCCCCGGUCAAGAAACGGGACACUCUCUCGCCCUUGUUCUUUCGGGUGCUGUGAAUCCAGCCGGAAGGCUUCCGUUCUCAUGGCCGGCUAGAGACGAAGACAACCCCUCAUUCGGGAACUUUCCUUGUGACGAGGAGAAAAUCGUGAGGUAUGAGGAGGGCCUGGACGUAGGCUAUAGGCACUAUGACCGACCAGAGACGCCAAAGCCCUUGUUCCCGUUCGGGUUCGGGUUAGGGUACGAUGUUGAUUUUGAAGUCGGUAAUCUGCAUCUCGGGGAUCCAAAGGGUUCUCCGGCGCUCGUCGAGGGAAUCCCGGAUGGAUUGAUUGAGGUCACACUUUCCGUAAAGAAUAGCGGCGCAAGAGCCGGCUCGGUGGUCUUGCAGUACUACAUCUCCAUCCCGCAACCAGUCCACGCCAGUCGAAAGAGACCGCUGAAAGAGCUGAAGGAGUUCAAAAAGCUCGUCCUGGCACCUGGUGAAGAGAGGGUGAUUGUUACGUCGCUGGACAAGUACGCCGUGAGCUAUUACGACGCAGAGGGGAAACACUGGCAGGUUGAUGCAGGAAUAUUUUCGCUUUCUGUUGGUCUUUCCGCGGAGGAGGUUUGUCAGUCUGUCCGGUUUGAGAUCCGGCAGGGGUUCAGUUGGACUGGGCUUUGA